GAAAACAUGGCGGACGGACCGAUUGAAGAAUCGUUUGACCGUAAAACUAUGCCUUUUUUUCGGGAAAAAAUUAGCAUACUUUCGCGGAAUCAUCAAAAUACUUCUCUAUUGAUGUUUUUUUCGAAAAUUGUAGCCUGUUUAUAGAUUAGAUUGAAAUGUCCCAGGUCAAUUACAAAGGACUACUUCAAAUUCACUGCCAAAAAUCAAAGGCAGUUCUACCUCACUACAGCUGCACGGAAAGAAUGCAGGGAUUUAGCCCUGUUUUCUCAGCGAAUGUGGUUGUUUUCGGAAGAAAUUUCACCAGUGGAGGCGAAUUUAGCAACAAGAAACAGGCAGAACAAAAUGCGGCCAAAAUAGCGCUGCGUGAAUUAGGAUUGUUGGAACCAAAUCUAGACACAAAUGAACCAAAAUUGCAACAAUCUGAGAUCAAACAGCCUUUGUUCGUUGUCGAUGGCGCUGAAGUUGGUCAGAAUAAAUCGUGUGCAAACAUAAAUCCUCUGUCAACACCAGCAACGGAUGAAUCCCUGGAAGAUAAACAGCAGACGCCAUCAGCUGAAGAAGAUUUGCGCUCACCUGUCGCUCAGAGUUCGGCUACAUCUGUAGGGAAAGUUUCUUUAUCAUUUAAAAAUAUCAUUCAGGAGAAAGCACAGAAAAUGGGAUUGCCUCUUCCUCAAUAUGAGACUACAGUAGAGGGGUCUGGUUUUGUUUGCACCAUGACCUUUAACGGGCAACAGUUUAAGAGUGAAGGAGUUUCAUCCAACAAGAAACAAGCUCAGCAAAGUGCAGCAUCAGUAGCUAUUAAGCUUUUGAAUUUAGAGCAAGGACCUGAGAAAAAAUCCCUGAUACAAAAAACUGUAGCACUAGACAGUCAGAGUCCUGUGGUCUCUCCAGAAAAAUUUGAUGCCAAAUUGUCUUACAAGAAUCUCUUUCAGGAGAACUGUCAACAGAGGGGGAACAAACCACCCAUUUAUGAAACAUCAUGGAAUGGGACUGGAUUUAUCAGCCGUGUUCAGUUUGGUGACAAGACUGUGUCAUCAAAGGUGCCAUGCUCCAAUAAAAAACAAGCUCAGCAAAUGGCUGCCAGGGAAGCCCUGUUAGCUAUAGGAGUAUCCAAUCCAGAAGAUGCAUUUAACAACAAAGAAUCAAGAAAAUUGAAAUCCAAAAGAACUAUGCCACAGAUGAGUGGAUUUAAAAGAACCUGGGUACACUCUCGUGGUGAUCGAGGACAGUUGAAUCCAUGGGAAGAAGUUGACCAAUCCUGGAAUCAGGCAAUUAUGAACAAAAGACAAAAGCUGGGCACAGAUGAGUACCCUCUUAGCAAAGGACAGUUUGAAGGAAGUACAUUUGCCCUUCCAUUAGAACACCGGCAAGAUUUGACAGUCGCUGAAAUCUGGAAGGAGAAAAAAAACAUUGCUGUUGUUGGAGAUUCACAGUCAUCAUUUAUUUUGUACUGCACAAGAGUUCCUGGGACUUGUAACAUUUUCAAUACUCGGACCAUGUCCCUAGUUUUGCUUGAGCCAGGUUAUCGUAUAGUUGGUCUUGAUGCCUGUUACACUGAUCAUAAGGGCAAGGUUGCUCUUAAGGCUGAGAGAUGUGCAGAUAUUAUCAUUCCUGAGUCACCAGAUCCUGUUUUGACAAGCUGUGGAGUUGUACUGCUUUAUCAAGAUCCAGAAUCAAGUUUACUUCAAGUGCUCCUAAAGCGGUAUCUUUCCAGCCAAGCAUUUGUCAAUGUGGCUGCAGCAUUAGCACAGUACUUUCGUCGCAAGGUUUCUGGUCGUCCUGUAUCACUGGAUAUUCCAAGCCUGACAGAACACAUUUGUGAAUGGAUGUUGGAAGAAGUUCAAAAUAUUGCAGGAAUGCAUGAAGAAGCUCUUCAUCAGCUGUUUUCUCACAUGUGGAAGUUCAACAAGAGAUGGUGUUCUGUGUUAAGUACCCCUCUCCCUCAUGAUCUUGAAUCACUGAAGGCUAAGGCUUUAGAUGAACUUGCGCAUAGACAAGCAAGUGAUGUUCAGUACUCAGAGGAUUAUUACCAUCCUUGGAGUCUUCCCAAAGGAAACUUCAAACAUCGCAUGCUUUCAACAGGUCUUUUUCUUGAACCUGCUGUCGACUGUGCUGUGAGAGAAUUGAAAGAAGAAACAGGAAUCAAACUGGACCUUGAUCAAGUGAAAAACUGCCCCUGGAUUGAUUUACCACAUGAUGAUAAUUUGAAUCCCCAUAAAGGUGAUAUUGUGAGGUAUUUCCUGUGUGUGUACCAUUCAGAUGACAAUGAAGAGUUAAAUUUGUCUCAGGAUAUGAGUGCAGUAAAUACUUCCAUUGAGUGGGAAGCAAAGCAAAGUAUUGAUGAAGUAGAAGGUUUUCCCUCUCUUGAGGCAUCAAAUGAGCAAGAGGCUGUUGAAAAUGAAUGUAGCGACUUGAUGAGUGGCAUGGACCUGCAACGAUGCCAAGAGGAGAUCCAACAGGACAUUGUCAUCUUGACAAAUGGACAAGUGGUCCCUGAUAUGGUGGAGGUGGCCCAAGAUGAAGCCCAAAGUCAAAAGGAAGAUGCACAGAGAAGAGGAAUUAAGCGUAAGAGGAAUGAUGAUGAUGAUGUAAUAACAGAGGACUGUCAGUUGAGAGGAAUAUCUUCAAUGCCUCAGGACUGCAACAUUUCACUUAACUCAUUGUCUUCACCUGUGCCUGAGGUGAAACAAGAAGUAAUUACAGCUAAAUCACCUCAUGUCCAGAGCAGUGUGCAUGAAGAGUGUGCUUGGUUUUCUGUCGAAGAGGCAAGAACAAAAUCACCUGUAUUUGAACAGGUUUAUCAAAGGGAAGAAUUCCAACAACUUUUAGCUUCAAUUUUGGCCUCAGAAGAGAGAUAGUACAAAAUAACUUUCACCCAAAGUGUAAAAUUAUAUUACUUGUACUUAUUGAAAAUUAGCAGCCUUGUUACAAAUUGAUCCUCUGUUUUAUCAAAUCCAAUGAAUUUUUAUUUUAGAAAAUACUUUUUCUGUCUGUUAUACUACCUGAGUAAGAGAUAUAGUUUUAAGUCA